UAAUAUUUGCCAAGUUAGUCAAUUCUUCUAUAAAAGUGAUAUGUUAAAAUUACUUUUAGCAGUUUCCCGUCAGCAUUCGUUAAAAUCAAGUAUAAUCAACUAAUCCUAUAAUUUAUCGAAAACAAUGUCUACAAUUCAUUUAGGAAAAGGAUCUGUUGAGCCACCAAGGAAAGAUGGGCUAUUGAGGGUUUAUGUAAUGAAGUUUUGUCCUUACGCUCUAAGAGCAAGGCUUGUCCUCAAUGCUAAAGGAAUUCCUCACGAUACCGUGUUCAUCAGACUUUAUGAGAACAAACCGGAAUGGUAUCUGGAAAUUAAUCCAAAUGGAAAGGUACCCGCUAUAUUAGAUAAUGGAAAAAUAGUUGUCGAAAGUCUUGAUAUCUGCAAUUAUCUGGAAGAAAAAUAUCCGGAAAAUCCGCUGUACCCGACUGAUGCGGCGCAAAAGCAAAGAGACCAGGAAAUUUUGAACAAUUUAGGAAAAUUCAAUAUACUGGCGUUCAGAGAAUUUGUUAUCAGCACUGAAGAAAAAAGCGACGACGAAUGGAUACAAUUCUUUAACCAAAAAUUUGAACCCAUCGAAAGCGAGUUGAAUUCGAGGGGAUCGGUAUUUAUUGGAGGUUCGAAGCCAGGGAUUGUCGACUAUAUGAUAUGGCCAUUUAUGCCAAACUAUUGGAACAUUUCUAGAAAACUCAAUCAUGAGCUUCCGUUCCAAGAAAACGACAUUCCGCUUUUUCGUAAAUGGCUGCACGCCAUGAACGAGUAUCCUACUUGUGUUGAGCUAUUCAACCCACCGGAAAAGCUUUGGAAACUGCAGCAGCUGAUGAGUCAAAACGCACCCCUUGACUACGACAAUCUUUGACAUGUUAAGUGAAUAAAAUUGAUUUGUAACUUUUCGUACUCAGUACUCUAUAAUACCUAAUUAUGCACUAAUCAAAGGUACACAAAAUGUGACUUUAAGACGUUGGCUUCUUCACCGUCGAGACCCACUUAAGACAUUUCAUAGACUUUAAGAUCAUAAACUAGUAUAAUAUACUUUAUAGUAUUAUACACUGAUGAUAUUUUGAUGUUUGUCAGACGCCAGUCAUAGUAUGCAUUUGUUCUGUUUU